CUAACAACUCCAAAAUCUUUUCAUCCAUACAGCUCUUUUCUUCUUCUUUUAUCAUCAUCUCCUUGCGUUCCUCUCCAUGCUCGUGAUAAAUCGAUACAAAGUGCAAAGCUCUCUGGACGUACACACGAUAUUGUUUGGAAUAACUUUGUUCGCCCGCGGAUCCGUCCAAUAAAGAUUUUCGCCAAAGUGGAAAGAUUCAACAAGCUCGAGUGCGACGGUGUUUUGUCCACUGAAGUGUAUGACAGCAGUCGUAAGAGAUCCAUAUAUCUGACAAAACACAACGAUAUAUCAUAGAGUUUUUAGUAAUUUGAUCAUUGGGUUAUAUAUUUUUCUUAAAACGUUCUUCAGAAGACAAAUGGCAGCAUAAUCAUCGAACUGCGGUCAAGUUUGGGGGUGAAUAUUAUAUCGCCUAGUUCAAUGACAGCUGUAUCAUGUGAUUCGACGACUUUGAAAUCGGUCCAAGGUGACGUCACAAAGGAACUGGAAAGACGAUGAGAGACUAAUAUCGGGGAUUCUCUUUGCACGUGUCUGACACCGAAAAGGGGGACAGAAUGAACGAAGAGAAGGCUAAACCAGUCAGCGCCCCUUCGCGGGUAACAAGUCGGGACGAUGUCUGGAGGGACAUCCGCAGCUGGGCUAAACCCAGUCGACGAACUGACGACGACGACGAUGAAGAAGGCGGUGAACAGGGCCGCAUCAUUGGUUCCCAGGUCAAAGACAAUAUCACAGAGCAACGGCUCCUCGAAAACAGACUCCUUGAUUUAUCGAAAGAGAGGUAUAAGUUUAUUGUUCAUGUCGCAUGGCAGAGGAAAGCGUUUAUGGACAAGCAGAAAUGUAAGACGAGUGUGAUGAAGGACCUGCUACGAAAUGUCGAGACCGUGGAUACGAGUGCACCGGCAGUUCAAAAGGGAAAGAAUCAGCGGAGUCGGUUGAACGAGAAACUCGAAACUUACCGCGAUCUGGUGCGUAAGACAUACAGUGAGCAACGCAAGAAGGAACUGCAGACGUGCCAAACGGAUCCGGAAGAAAUCAGGCCGAUCAUACCGGGAACGUACGACGAUCCGUUGUACAAAACCGAACCGACAUUCAGCGCGCGGAACAAGAAGCGAAGCGCGUUCGAAUCGGGUAGGCGACGAGGACCACAGAAUCCGACGAUGUUUCCCGCGAUUCAACCGCCUGAAAAGACCCGACAGCAGAGCGUACCGCCGAACCACAUGCGACGUGGUAUGAGCCGCGGGAGCAGCACCAACCGCUUACCGGACACAGCCGGGAUGAGACCGGGUGUAGCAACCGCUCCAGGACACAACGGUACAAUGACGUCAUCAGCAGAACGCAUCCCUCGCUAUUUAAAAUACCGCUCGGUUUACGACGGAAGGUUUAAAGGACUUGAGAGGUCCCUGUCGGCGAGUUACGACGGCAAGUCAGGACCGAGCAUUGAGAACAUUUUGAAUGGGUUGCCGCGGAGCAUGUCUGUUGCCCUAUAGCUCACAACAGCUUCAUGAAAUAUAUUGGCUGCCUCAAAGCUGAGUUGAACCUCCCUCAAACUUUGCCGUGAUGGAGGCAACUCGAGGUGAACUCGGGACAUCUAAUGUCACUACGAGUAACUACGAUUAGCGCCGAGUCACAUCGAGUCAUUUACGAUUAUGUACGAACUGUGCCGAGCUCGCUCGUGAUCCCACGCAGAGAGUGAGGCGGACUUAAUGAUGGUCAUCAAAACUAAAAAUCUGAAAUAAAUCUCUUUUUUGUGUCAUUGAUUUAUUAAAGAGAAGAUUGACCCAAAAUGUAUGAAUCAUACCACAUCAUCAACUGGGUGUCACGUCAUAGUGCGAGUGCAACAUGCUUUAACCAUGCAGGGGGGGGGGGGGGGUGGUGUGGUGGUGAAAGUCUACUACUAACACGAUUGCAAGUACUUUCAAAAAUCGAUCUAAGAAAGUUUCAUUUAUCCUGUCCAUAACAUAUUGAAAUGAUUUCUAUGAGAUGUACAGUGAGGUAUUGUAAUUGCCCUUGAGUUGAUUAACUGAAA